AUGGAGGCCAAUCAGGAAACUUCUCUCUUCUUGGUGAAGAUCUUGGAGGAACUGGACAGCAAGCAAAACACCGUUUCCUACCAGGACCUGUGCAAAUCCCUGUGUGGCCGCUUUGAUCUGUCCCAGCUUGCCAAGCUGAGAAGCGUGCUCUUCUACACGGCUUGCCUGGAUCCCAAUUUUCCAGCCACAUUAUUCAAAGACAAGAUGAAAUGCACUGUAAAUAACCAGCAAUCAAAGAAAAUCAUGGUGGCCGCGGACAUUGUGACCAUAUUCAACCUGAUCCAGAUGAAUGGAGGUGCUGCCAAGGAGAAGCUACCUACGAGCCGCCAGAAAGUCCACAAGAAGGAGUCAUCCUUCGAGUCGUGCCGCUCGGACACUGAGAUCUGCAAUGCGGCUGAGUGUGAGUCCCUGAAUUGUGAGCUGAACGAGCGACCUUUCAGCCGGGGUUACCCCACCCGGCAGUCGUCCAAGUGUCGAAAGAUGGACUGCAAGGACUGUCCGCAGUUUGUCCCUGCCUCUGAGCCCAACUUCUUGUUGGGUGUCAGCAAGGAGGUGAAAAAUCGUGCUGCAUCCCUGGACAGGCUGCAGGCCCUGGCCCCGUAUUCUGUUGCCAGCCCACAACCCUGUGAGAUGCAGAGGACCUACUUCCCCAUGAACAUCGAGAACGAGUCGAUUUCAGAUCAGGACUCCCUACCCAUCAACCCGGGCAUCAAGGAGACCUUCAUUUCCAAUGAGGAGCCCUUCGUGGUCCAGUCCUGUGUCCAGAAAAGGAACAUUUUUAAAGAGGACUUUCACAAUCUAAUGGCGGUGUCCCCCAGUUUGGUAGGCCCUGCUGGCAAAGCAGAAGGUGAGCAUGGGGAACCCCAGAGUCGAAAGGAGUCCCACAAGCCACCCUUUUUUAACCACAGCUUUGAAAUGCCCUACAACAGCCAGUACCUGAACCCCAUGUAUUCUCCAGUCCCUGACAAAAGGCGUGUGAAGCAUGAAAGCUUAGAUGACCUCCAAGCCUCUACGUAUUUCGGCCCCACUCCAGUGGUGGGAGCCCAGGAAGCUCGGCGGUGUCCCGGGAGGCCAAGCAAGCAGACCCCAUGGCCAGCCAAAAGUUGGAGCCUAAACACAGAAGAAGUCCCUGACUUUGAACGGUCCUUUUUCAGUCGAAAUCCCUCUGAGGAGAAACUCCGUUUUCCUAAUUCCAGCAGCCAGUCCCCUAAUUUCCCAGGCCCAGACAGGCGCCAAACUUACCUAGCACCGAAAGAGCAACCGCAGAUUCUCCCUGUUAGCUAUGCAGCAAAAACGAAUGGACUCAAAUCUAAAGAGAUCCCAUCCCCCAUGGACCUGGACAAACACGAACCAGUCAAAAAAUUUAAGGACAAGAGCAUCAGCUGCACCAGCGGGCAGCUCAGCUCAGACACCAGUAGUGUGGGCACCCAGACAGAACAGCAUGUGCUGGAGCCCAAGAAAUGCAAAGACUUGAGCGCCUCUGGCCAGGGCAAGUACAGCGACAGGCAUGCUAUGAAGCAGUCAGAUGAUGACUCGGAGAUUGUCAGCGAUGACAUCAGUGACAUUUUCCGCUUUCUCGAUGACAUGAGCAUCAGUGGCUCCACCGGGGUAAUACAGUCAUCCUGCUACAACAGCACAGGGUCCUUGUCUCAGCUUCAUAAGUCAGACUGUGACAGUUCUCCAGAGCACAACCUACCCCAGAUCGCCAACGGGAUCCCCAACAGCAAGGCAGACAAGGGAAACCGGCCCGAAAACCACCACCACUCGGAGGAAGAGCUGAAGACCAGUGUAUGCAAACUGGUGCUCAGGAUCGGUGAAAUUGAACGAAAGCUUGAAUCGCUGUCUGGCGUCCGCGAAGAAAUCUCCCAGGUCUUGGGCAAACUAAAUAAGUUGGACCAGAAAAUGCAGCAGCCUGAGGUGAGCGUGCAGAUCGAUCUGAAUUCCUUGACGAGCGAGGCUCCGUCAGACGACAGCGCCUCCCCACGGAUGUUCCGUGCACACAAUGGCUCCCACGGACCUAAGCUGGAGAACAACACAGACUGGUGCUGUUCUGAUGCGAGCGGAAGCAACAGCGAAAGCCUACGCGUCAAGGCCUUAAAAAAAAGCCUCUUCACCAGGCCGUCCUCUAGGUCCCUGACAGAGGAGAACAGCGCUACAGAAUCCAAGAUCGCCAGCAUCUCCAAUUCCCCCCGAGACUGGCGCACCAUCACUUACACCAACCGUGUGGGCCUCAAUGAAGAGGAGCUGAAAGACAGAGGCCCUGGGGACAAUAAGGAUUGGCACCGAAAAUCUAAAGAGGCAGACAGGCAGUACGACAUCCCCCCGCAACAUCGGCUUCCCAAGCAGCCCAAAGACAGCAGCUUCCUGGUGGAACAAGUGUUCAGUCCUCACCCCUACCCCGCCUCCCUCAAGGCUCACAUGAAGAGCAACCCGCUGUACACUGACAUGCGGCUGACGGAGUUGGCGGAGGUGAAGCGAAGCCAGCCUUCUUGGACCAUCGAAGAGUAUGCACGAAACGCAGGCGACAAGGGCAAGCUGACAGCUCUGGACCUGCAGGCUCAAGAAUCUUUAAACCCAAACAACUUAGAAUAUUGGAUGGAAGAUAUUUAUACUCCAGGCUACGACUCGUUACUAAAACGCAAGGAAGCCGAAUUCAGACGAGCCAAGGUCUGCAAGAUAGCAGCUCUGAUUGCGGCUGCUGCAUGCACAGUCAUCCUGGUCAUUGUAGUGCCCAUCUGUACCAUGAAAUCCUGA